AUGUCCGGCGCAGCUGCCACGUCAUGGGCUCAGCCUGCUUCCGACAGCAACGACAUCGCAUCCCACAUGUCCAACCUUUCUGUUGACGACUAUGGGUCCCCCCACCGCCAAAACGCUUCUCCCGGAGCGCCCCCUCCUCCUGGAGGUCCCUACGCCAAUGUCCAUACCCCGCCCCGCCCUGCGGCCGCGUUCAACCCCUACGACCCGUUCAUCUACUAUGCCGGCGUCGACCCUAGCACCUUCACCCCCAACGGUGCCGGUGCGCCCCAAGGCUACCCUUACGCAGACGUGACGACCCCGCUGCAGGCAAUGGCGACCGGCGCCAACGUCUACGGCGACCCCUACCCCUCUCCGCCCGAGACGUACGGGAGCCAUACGCCUGACGCCCGCUCGCCUGGCCAGGUGCCUGCCGCGCUGACAGCGUUCCAGCACCAGCUCGUCGCCGCCACGGCCGGCGCCCGCUCGCAGCAAGUGUACCGUCCCCCGCACACGGGGCAGCAGUUGCAGGUGCCGCACCAGCUCCCCACGCCCCCGCAGCAGGGAUACUACAACUACAUCGAGCGCGGCGUGUACUGGCACCCGCGCCAGAACAGCCAUGGACACCAGGCACAGAUGGCCCAGCCCAACCACUACCCCACUCUCGCCGAUUAUGCGAACCAUGCCCAGCAGUACACGCUCCAGAGCCCGCCGAUGAGCACCUUCGGCUCGCCCCCGGCCAACACGUAUGCGCUCCCCUCGCCUUAUGCGCCCUACUCGCCUCCUGCGUUCGGGUACGGCCGCCAGCUGAAGCGCGACGACUCGAGUGUUGUCCGUUCCCAGCGUCUUGAGGAGUUCCGUUCUCGCAAGUCAUCCCGUCUGGAGUUCUCGAUCUACGGCAGCAUCUGCGAGUUCGCGAGCGACCAGCACGGCAGCCGCUUCAUCCAGAACAAGCUUGAGACCGCCUCGCCCGAGGAGCGCCAGAAGGUCUUCGAGGAGAUCCUCCCCAAUGCCUUCUCCCUCAUGACCGACGUGUUUGGCAACUACGUGAUCCAGAAGCUGUUCGAGCACGGCGACGCGGCCCAGAAGGCAGCCCUCAUCAAGAAGAUGGAGGGCCAGGCGCUGUUCCUUUCCAACCACAUGUAUGGGUGCCGCGUCAUGCAGACUGCGCUCGAGCACGCGCGCACCGAGGACCGCGCCAAGCUCGUUGCCGAGCUCGACGGGCACAUCAUCGAGUGUGUCAAGUCGUCAAACGCCAAUCACGUUAUCCAGCGGCUCAUCACACUCGACCCGCCCCGCGGGUUCAUGGACGCCUUCAUCGGGCACGUGCGCGAGCUCUCGACGCAUCCGUUCGGGUGUCGCGUGCUGCAAAAGUCGUUCGAGGUGCUUCCGCCCGAGAAGAUCCGCCCUCUCCUGGACGAGAUGCACACGUGCUCGCACGAGCUCAUGAUCAACCAGUUUGGAAACUACGUCGUGCAGUCCGUCAUCACCGAGGGUGAGGGGAGGAAACAUGAUCGCGAUCUCGCCGUCGCCGAAAUCAAGACUAGGAUCUUUGACUUGUGCCGCCACAAGUUUGCCUCCAACGUCGUCGAGAAGGCGCUCAAGCACGCCAACCCGGCUGACAAGCGCGAGCUCAUCUCGGAGAUGAUCGGCGACGACUCUGGCGAGAACAGGAUCCAAACCCUGCUUCGCGACCAGUAUGGCAACUUUCCCGUGCAGACCGCGCUCGCCGAGGCCGAGAAGGACCAGCGCGACAAGCUCCUCAGCAUUAUUAUCCCCCUCAUGCCCAACCUGCGGCACACGCCCUGCGGCCGCCGUCUCGAGGGCCGCAUCAACGAGCUCGAGAGCAAGGGCGAGCUUCCCUCUCUCACGUCGGGAAAUGCGUGGGAGUCCCCCACCCUCAGUUCCGAGAGCGAGAGCAACACCCCCGAGACGCCUGGUGCCGCGACUCAGCAGACUCAGGCGCAGGUCAACGGGAACGCCAAGGGGCGCCGUAGCAGCCCCGCUGCGGCCAAUAACAAGGAGGAGAAACAGGUCCUCGUCGACCUCCUCUCUUAG